AUGAUAAACAAUGAAAUGGAGGAGAGAAAACGAUUCGGUAAGCUGGUGACAAAAGUAAAGGAAGUGCAAAGCAGUUCUCUAUAUUACCGGCGCUUGUCAUGGCUUCUAUUCGGGGCGGAGAUGCCUAUGUUAACGGGAGGCUGUUUUCUCGAUGAUGGAAGACUACUUUUAACGGAUUAUAACAACAAGAAGUUAAUUCUGUUUGACGACAAUUAUAACUAUAUAAGACACAUUCCAGUCGAUGGAUGGCCGUAUGACGUCACCAAAGGUAGCGGACUUGGCGAGUUAUACGUUGUGCUAUGUAGAAAUGUUGUCCUACGUUGUUUCCUUAAUCACGAGGACUUAAUAAUACGAGACAGAAUUCGAGUACCAGAAGACGUUAGAUGCCUGUCGGUACUAGAUAAUGUGAUAUUCACAGGGUCAAGAUCAGCUGUGUCGAUAAUAUCAUCGGACGGCGUUACCUUGGAGACCAUUCCCAAGGCUGGCGGUAACACUUAUCUAGCAACGUCAACGCUACAGCGGACGUUCUUUCAUAAAGAUGGUGACAACAUUUUGUGCAGGACGCUUGAUGGAAAUGAAUUGUUUCGGUAUGAAGAUAGCCACCUUGUUGAUCCCAGAGGUAUGUGUUUGGAUCACGAUGGCAAUUUGUACGUGUGCGGUUACAAGUCCCACAACCUGAUUCAGAUCUCUCACGACGGACAGAAGGGCAGGGUAGUGCUGAACAGACUUCACAAAAUAUCGCGACCAAUGGCCAUUGUGUUUCACCCGAACAAACAACAGUUUAUUGUGACGUCAUAUGGUGAGGAUAUAGCUUUUGAGGUAUACCAGGUCAGUUGUUUGUGA